AUGCCUGAUAACGUGUCGACUGGUCUGGCUAAGGGUACCGUGGCUUGUCCGACGGCCCCGGUUGGCGGAUGUGCCCCUUCCUUUUCGUCCAGGUUGGGAGGGGCGGGCUCGGCCUCACCGACAUCUGCAUCUGCGAAAUUAUCUCGCUCUGGUCCGUUACCACCUAUGGGCUAUGCCUCGCUGCUUCAAAACGGGGCCGGUCAUAUGAAGAAAGGCAAACCUACCUCUCCAGUGUCCUUCGAUAUCGCCAAGCCGUCCGAUAGCGACCUCGUGGCGAUGAUUCAGCUCUAUGAUGAUGGGGCUGAUCGUGACGUAAUUCUGCGCAAUACGUGCCCUGAGCCCGGGCGUAGCAGAAGUCUUUCCGUGCUCGGAGGACUUGAAGGUGGGGCGCUAUUUCGAAGGUGGUCACCUCCAAGUAUAUUGACUCCCUUUUGA